UAUCAACCGUCGAUCAAUCAACGACUGUACGGUUCUUUUUAGGAUAAAUAAGUUUUUAAUUUGUUAGUGAAAUAAUCAUUAUAUAUUUUUUUUAUAAAGUUGUGCAUUUAAUAAUUAUAACAAAAUGAAUCAACUAUCGAAUCUCAUACUACUAGUUUCCUGUAUGGCAAUUACACUAUUGCAAAAUGUCGAUGCAUCAAAACCAAUUAUUAUUCGAAGUGGAGGAUUAACACCACGACACAAAAAACAAAUUCUGGAUGUACAUAAUAAUUAUCGAUCAUCGGUGGCUCUUGGUCAAAUUAGAGGACAACCUAUGGCACAGAACAUGAUGGAAUUGAAAUGGGAUGAUGAAUUAGCAGCAAAAGCACAAGAUUGGGCAGAUCAAUGUUCAAUAGCUCACGAUACUGAUAGACAUGUUGAACGAUUUUAUGUGGGCCAAAAUUUAGCAGCAACAUGGACAACACGUAAACCAACUGACUAUCACAGUUUUGAACCAGAUUUUACUGAACAAAUUAAUAAAUGGUUUGCUGAAGUGAAAAAGUUUUCAAUCAAUUCUGGUCACACAUAUGUCGAUGACACUGGACAUUAUUCACAACUUGUUUGGAGUGAAACAUCUUUAAUUGGAUGCGGAUAUACAUUUUACUUUGACCAAGGACGUGGUUAUACCAAAUUAUAUAUCUGCAAUUAUGGACCAGCAGGUAAUGUCAUUGGUACAGCACCCUACGUUGUUGGUCCACCAUCCUGUAGAAGCUAUGGUUUACUACAAUCCAGUUUAUAUCCAGGAUUAUGUGAUUACAAAGACACAAAGGCACGAUUUUUGGACUACAACAAUUUACUUGGUUUCAAAUAUUUCUAUUAAUUCCACUUAUUGAAUAAUUAUAAUUUUAUACCUAAGAAUGGGCACUAUUUAGAAAGAGUUGAGUGAUUUGUUAAUAAUUUUAGUGAGUGUUUAAAAAAAAAAAACAACAACAAAAUAGAAUUCUGCGUACAAGCAAGUGCUUUUAACUCUCCAAACAACAAAUUCAAUUUAUAAUAAUAAAAUGAAGCAGUAUUUAUUUUUUUGGAUAAAAAAUUGGUUUUGAUGAUGUAUUGCAACAUAUUAUCUCCGAUCAAGGAUAAUUUUUAAAUUUUGAUACCAACUGUGACAAAGACAAGUGAUAAUAGUAGUAUUUUUUUAUUAUUUUUAAA